ACGGGCGGGGAGGAUUCCGGCGCAGGGGGUAGUGCGGGUUGUUGGGCAGCGCUGCUGCCUGCCUUCCCCCAGCCCGGGCUCGGCUCGGCUCGGCGCGGCGUUUCGUUCUGCCGGCGGGGGCUGCCCGCUUCGCCCCGGCCGCCUCUGCCCCCGGCGGGCGGCGCUGAGGGGAGGCGGGUGCGCUGCGCCGGGGAGGGCUGGGGCCGCGCUCCCCCGCUGCCCCUGGGGAGAGGCGGGAGGGGUUUGCUGCCAUAUCGCCUUUAGACUGAAAGCUGCUGUAAACAAGUGCGAAGUGGCAAAACUUUAGGGAAUAAGGAAGGAAAAAAAAAGAGCUAAUCACUUCAACCUGUGUACUGAAAGCCUCUACUUCUCUCUGAAAUAUGACUUGAAGUGGCUUGGACUUGAUUAAACUGGAAGAUGUGGAGUGGCCUGUUACCUCCAGGACUGAGUGAAAGUGAUGUUGACUUAAGUUCUGAUGAUGGAGGCGAAUCGCAUGAUUCCCUUUCAAAGAAAGAUGCAAAAGAACAUAUUGAAAGAGUUCAGCUUUCUGAAUUCCAAGAGAAUGGACCUGAAACUAAUGCCAUUGGUGAACCCAGUGUGGUAUCAGUGACAGAUGGAGAAAAUGAAUCGCAGACGUGCCCUUCUGGAAUCUCUUUAAGUAUGUGGAAUAAAUUUGUGGAGCUUCAGAAGAAAAACCGUGAAAUGAAGACCCAAGCAAAUGAGGGAAACAAAAGCCGAAAAAGAAAGCGCCACAGAAAAGAAAAACAGAAAAAAAACGAUGAAGUGACUAAGAGUAGUCAACAGUUGACAAAUGAAGACAAAUGGAAAGAACUUACACAAUACUUUGGAAUCAAUGAUAGAUUUGAAUCACCUGUGGAUAGCAGGGCUCCACAAAAGUCUGGCCUUGAACUUAGCAUAGAAAAGUCUGUGGCUGAAGGUGACGUUGAUAAGGCUGAGGAGCUGAGUGAUAGAUUAGCCAUUCGUGAGCUUGGUGUGAAAAUUGCCAAGGCUGCUGCUUGCCGCAACUUUGUAAAAGCCAAACAAGAAGCAGAGGCUGCCCAAGAAGCUCGGAAGAAAAAGAAGCUUGCUUGGGGAUUUGAAGCCAAGAAAAGAUGGGAAACAAAAAGCAAUAUGGGAUACAUGUAAUCCAUCCUGUUCUCAGGACUCAAAUACCUGUUUUUAACUGAGGAAUCUUUGAGUGACUUUUUAAAUCUAAACAAAAACAAAACUCAUCAAAUAUAUUGUGUUUCUCUUAACGCUAUUAGACUGCAGUAUCUUAAUUUGUUGUUCUCUUUUAUAAUGUAGCAAAAAUACUAUCUAAACAUUAGUACUAUGUUAAAUACAGCAUUUUGCUCCAAAAUAUAAAAAAUUAAGAUAAUACAUUGUAGAAGUCAUUUGGAGUAUGGUGGAUAACUCUAAAGUUGGAAUAAAAUAUUUGGUCCAAAGUGCAUUCUGUGCUGCACUGCAGUUAUAAUGUGUGGGUAUAAGGAGAGGGACAAGUUUUCCUGCUGGGAUUAUACAGAUUUAAUGCACUAAGUAUUACUUUUGUGAUAGCUUGAGUGUUUGAGGGGGCACUAAAUAAAGAAAAGGAAAACCACCCUACCUGUUUAAAACCAUUAUUAUUUACGCAUUUAUGGGCGUAGUAAACAUAAACUUUAUAGAAAUAUAAAAAUUGGCUGAAAAAGUCCAUCCUCUGUCUUCUUGGAGGAUCUGGUACUAUUCAUCAUGUUGUGGUGCCAUAUUCUUCAGAAUUUUUCAAAUUCCCAUUUUCUUUUCCUUCUCAAGAAGUCCGGUUUUAAAAGUCCAGUUUCCUUGAAUGUAUAACGUAUAGAAAUAGGUAACUUGUAAAAUAUCUGAAAUAUGUUGUGCAGUUAGCUGCACCCAAGAAACAAAUGCACAUUUUACUCCAAGUCAAAUGUUUUACAGAUCAAUUAGAAUUUAAAUGCUUAUGUUUUAAGAUUAUAAGAAACAUUGAUGAUAAUGUUUCUUCAAAAUUGUUCUCAGUGAAAAGCAAGGACACAUUCAGAACUAGUAACUUUUCUCCCUGAAGCUCUUGCACAUAUGUUUAGUCACCACAAUGCCUGAAUUUAAUUGGUAGUGUAAAUGUCAGUUAUUGUUAACCAAGAUUAAUAUGUUUCAGGCCAAAGGUAUGGUAUUAGUGUAAUGGUGAUUUACUAUGUAAGUACUUGAGGCUAAAACAACUUGCCAACAAAUAGCAAUUUGAAGUUUUACGGCACCAAUUCGAAGAGUUUAGGUUUGCCGUCCAAUGUGGAAUAGUGCAUUUUUGUUCAUUAGCCCUCAGGAUGUUUGAUUCUUUCUUUUUUAGCAGAACAUCAUAUUUCUUUCACAAAAUUGAGAGUUUGCAAUAUGGUAAUCUGCAGUUAGCUGUAAUUAGUUAUGAUGACAGAGUUGAAUACAAUUGCCAGGAUUGUAAAUCAGGGGCUAAACAGGUUUCUGCAGUAUAACACCAUAAAUCUCACACUAUGGUUUACAAACUAUAUUACCUUUAGAAACUUUUGGUGUGGAGGGAAGCAAGUGAUAUCUCUUAGUAAAGUGAUUAUGAAAGUAAAUUGCAUGUGUACUUGCAUAAACAAAAAGAUUACACCAUGAACCUUCAUAAGGUUUUUUCUUAGUUCCAAAUGUGCUUGCCCAAAACUUAUAGGCACUCUGUAAUUUCUGUUGGUUUUUUUAUGCAGCUGACAGGUGAGUGUUAUGCAGUUGACCUUUCUGCUUGAUACAUACUGAAAAGCAGAAUGAUACUGAUAAUUUUAUGCUGAAAACAUCGUAAGUAUUCUAUUGAAUAUUUAAAAUACAAUAUAUUAAACAGAUGCUAUACACUUUCUUGUAAUAGUUGCUUUUAAUAGUGACAGUAUGUAUUAGUCAAAGGUUUUCAUCUAACUGUAAGGAUCUGUGCUGUUUGAUAUGAAAAUGUGCUAUAAAAGAAAUCCAGACCCUCA